UCAGUCUUCUGCUGCCCUCCUCUGUAUGGGAGACCUAACACAACUCAUGUAGGAGACGUUUCAACUAUUCGUGAUGAAACUGCAACGUAUUUUAGCUUAGUAAACGGACUACCAUGCAGUAUUUUACUUAUUCGCUGCUGCUGCAUUGUUUCCAUCCAGCACCCUCGCCUAUGUAAACAGGGAGUCAGAGUUCUUUGUGUCCGUCAAACUACAUAUCCCAUGAAGCAUUGCGAAACAUGAACGCGCUUUACAGACGAUACAAAUGCAAAUACAACUUUUUUUUAGCGUUAAAUAUUUUAAUACCACUCUACAACUGCAACCCUCUAGCUUAUACAUACAAAUACACACUACACAGUCACCGUUAGUUACACAUAAAUAUUUAAUAAGCGUCAACAGGCCGUCACGUGACCAUUACUUGUGUUCCUCUCCUGACACUCCGCAGCAGCUAGCUUACUUUCUUAGCAGACGCCAACACUAGAAACACUCAAAAAGGUAAAAGAAAAACUGCUUUUAUUCUCAUGAUGAAAUGCAGGCAGCUACGAUGGAUCCCGCGGAAGAGCCCCCAUCCCUGUUAUGGGGAAUGGACCCGGUCUUUUCUGCCUUUGCAAGGCUGUAUAUCAAAGACAUCCUCCAGAUGACAGAGUCCAUCCAGGUGCCAGGUAUUUACUUCUACAACUUCCAUCCGAUCUACAAAGUUGAUGUGCUUGGGACAGUGGUGUACAAGAGGGAAAGAGAGAAGUUCUUCUGCUAUGGAGUGGAUGACGGCACCGGUGUUAUAAACUGUCUGUGCUGGAAAAAUGACCUGUUGAAAGAGGAGGCGGAUCCUAAUAAACCAGCGGGAAAAGACAGUGACGGGGGUCAAGGGGGCUUCAAUCCAGCCGCCGAGUUGAAAAAGCUGAAACAGGCCCAGCAGAGUCGCUGCCGCCUGGAGAUCGGAGAGCUGCUCCGAGUCAGAGGACCGGUGAAGACGUCGAGACAACAGAGAGAAAUAAUGGCUUCCACCUUCUAUAAAGUGAACGACCCGGUGAUGGCGGUCCAGAUAGCGUGGAUGAUGGAGGUUCCUCAGCUCUACAGACAGUGCUUUGACAAACCACUCCAGCUGCAGCCAGAUGCCUCAAGCGACUCUGCCAUCAGUCCCCUCGGCAAGGCAACACACAUCAUCAAGGAUUUCUUAAAGCAGAGGUCAGUGACCAGGUUCAGACCCUAUGAUGUACAGGAGCUCCUGGAGCCUCUGAUCUCCAGCCAGCGUCAAGCCGCUUCAGCAGACCAGGAGCCUGUGGCGGGUCCGUCUGCGUGCCAGCAGCUCCGCCAGCUUCUUAAAGAGACCCUGCAGCUUUUACAGGACGAGGGCGUCGUGUACCGCAAGGUCAGGUCCCAGGAUGAAGUCUAUAAUGUGACCGUCCAGGAUAAAGACCUAUUUAUAGCCGUAAAAGACAUUAUCACGGUGGACUCCAAGAUAGAGAAGUAUGCCGAAAAGGGCUGUCACAUCCUGCACAUCCUGACUGCAGUGAGACACCGGUACAGCCUCAACGUGAGCAAAGCGGUGCUGGAGCUGGUCCUCAAAUCGCUGGAGUGCAACAGUGACAUCGUCAGCACCAGGGACAACUAUUAUACUGUAUUUUAACACGAGAGCGGUGGGGCUGGGUGAAUGCAGCACUACUUUAUGUGCGUAUAUACAGUACUGUGUAUAUCGUGGCUUUUUGCUCCAAAAUGUGAGCGUCUAAGAAGAUAGACAAUCAGGGAAGCUCUAUCUAUCUAUCUAAUCGAAGUUAUUUAUCGCAUUGGCACUAUUAUAUGUUGUCAGUGCUCAGCAGUUGCUACAAUUGACUAUUUUUGUAAAUAAAUAACAGAGCUGAAAAGAAAAAAUAAGGCUCAUGUACUGCCGGAUGCACCUGCUAGGAGAUACAGGGGCAAAAUGAGCUGCUGGGCCCCCCGUGCCCCUCAUGUUGCACUAACUCUUUGUUUAAUGUGUGCCGCCUUUUUGUUCCCUUUUUAAAUCUCUUGAUUUACUGCAGAAAAAUUUAAACAAACAAAAAAUGCCUAAAAGCAGCAAUAUACAUGACAUUUCCCCCCUUGUCCCCUUAUCCGCCCCCCCCCCCCCCCACCCGCA